UGUCGUAUGUCAGUCACCAUGGUGGUAGCAUACAACAGAACACGGCGAGCAGUGGUGUACCAUUUCUCACUUUUAGUUGUAUGUAAACGCGAAUAAAAUGAGUUUUCUCAGUGAACGUAAGGUGUUUUGACAUUUUCGUGAUGGACGCCAUGUUGUUGCUGUCUGGUUAGCUUGUAGCCGUUAGCUUUCCUUUUGUUUACCGGAUCCUUUAUGGAAUUUCUUCCCGUCGCCAGCAGAAUGCUGAGGAGACAAGGAAUAUCUUCACGUAACGCUGGCUUCAACGGUGGGACUUUAGGUUUGGCAGUUUGAAAAUAACUCAACGAGACUGUUUGAUACAUUUUUUAUUUAAAUAAGUUUUAAUAGUCAGUAGCAGCGGGGACCGCUGUUGGCAGCCGGUUUCGGGUUGGGCAGCAGAGAGGGACAGACACCCCGAGGAGACCGCUCGGCUGUCUGGCUCCAGUCGUGGCCUGGCUUGGGGCACUCCCAGCUCCAAACCACAGCCAACAAGAAUAAAGUACAACAAAACGGAGGCCUACAUCUGUGCAUAUACAUCGCCUCUGGAUUCCAGUAAAGUGGUUUUCAAGAAUAAGAAACUGCGCUACACGCCGCCUUCCAAGACAAUGGCGUCUUAUGUGGAUAACCGCUUUCGGCAGGCUGUGAUGAUGAAUCCGUCUGAACGGACGCAACAGGACCUGGAAAUCGUUUACUCAUAUCUCCAUGGGAUGGAGGCUCUGUCCAACCUGCGGGAGCACCAGCUGAGAAUAAUGUGCGAGACGGUGCGAUACGAGAGACACGAGGCCAACGAAGUGCUCUACUACCCAGAUGAUGUGGGAAGCUGCUGGUACAUCCUGUUGUCAGGCUCGGUUUUCAUCAAGGAGUCCAUGUUUCUUCCAAGAAGCAGUUUUGGGAAGCGAUCAGCAGGCAGCCUGCGGCGUGGAUGUGAAUGCAUCGUCCUUGAACCCUCAGAAAUGAUUGUGGUGGACUAUAUGGAUGAAAAUGAGGAGUACUUUCAGCGACAAGCCUCGCACCGACAGUCCCGGCGGCGCUUUCGGAAGAUCAACCAGAAAGGCGAGCGACAGACUAUCAUCGACACGGUGGACCCGUACCCCACUGGAAAGCCGCCCGUAGCCCGGGGUUACCACACGGAAUGCAAUAAACCGAAGCUCCCUGCAGACUUCAGCAGACUGCACCUGGCCGACGGCUUACACCCACAGGUGACCCACGUCUCGUCCAGCCACUCAGGAUGUAGUAUCACCAGUGACUCUGGAAGCAGCAGCCUGUCAGACAUUUACCAGGCCACAGAGAACGAGCCAGGUGACAUGGACCUGAGCGGCCUGCCUGAGACCGCAGUGGACUCCGAGGAGGACGAUGACGAGGAGGACAUCGAGCGAGCCUCCGACCCCCUGAUGAGCCGGGACAUCGUCCGGGACUGCCUGGAGAAGGACCCCAUGGACCGGACGGAUGAUGACAUAGAGCAAUUACUGGAGUUCAUGCAUCAGCUGCCAGCGUUCGCUAACAUGACCAUGUCGGUGAGGAGGGAGCUCUGCGCAGUCAUGGUGUUCGCCGUGGUGGAGCGAGCCGGCACCAUCGUUCUCAAUGAUGGAGAAGAGCUGGACUCGUGGUCGGUGAUCCUGAACGGCUCAGUGGAGGUGACCUACCCCGACAGUCGGACAGAGAUGCUGUGCAUGGGGAACAGCUUCGGUGUGUCUCCAACCAUGGAGAAGGAAUUUAUGAAAGGCGUCAUGAGGACCAAGGUGGACGACUGCCAGUUUGUAUGCAUAGCCCAGCAGGACUACUGCUGCAUCCUCAACCAGGUGGAGAAGAACAUGCAGAAGGUUGAGGAGGAAGGAGAGAUCGUCAUGGUGAAGGAACACCGUGAACUGGAUCGUACCGGCACCAGGAAGGGACAUAUUGUCAUCAAGGGCACGCCUGAGCGUCUCACCAUGCACCUGGUGGAGGAGCACUCGGUGGUGGAUCCUACCUACAUUGAGGACUUCCUGUUGACCUACAGGACCUUCCUCUCCAGCCCCAUGGUCGUGGGAAAGAAGCUCCUGGAAUGGUUUCACGACCCAAGUCUCAGGGACAAGGUUACACGGGUAGUCUUGCUGUGGGUAAACAAUCACUUUAAUGACUUCGAGGGAGACCCUGCCAUGACUCACUUUCUGGAGGAGUUUGAGAGCAAUCUGGAGAAGGAGAAAAUGUGCGGGCACCUCAGACUGUUAAACAUAGCGUGUGCUGCUAAAGCCAAGCCACGGCUGGUGACGCUGACCAAGCCGUCCAGAGACUCUCCUCUGGCCUUCACCCUCCUCGGAGGUCAAGAGAAAGGUUUCUGCAUCUUCAUUGAUACCGUGGAGCCAGGGAGCAAGGCAGCAGAGGCCGGACUUAAGCGUGGAGAUCAGAUCUUGGAGGUAAAUGGACAGAAUUUUGAGACUGUCCAGUUCAGCAAAGCCAAUGAGAUUUUAAAGAACAACACCCACUUAUCCAUAACUGUGAAAACAAAUCUUUUAGUGUUUAAGGAGCUGCUAACACGGCCAGAACAUGAGCAUGAGUUGGACGGGGACGAGGAACACGACAGGAAGAACGGUGCGCCUCAUCUACCAAAAAUCGGGGACAUUAAGAAGGGGAGCCGUUACUCCAUACCGGACCUGGCGGUAGACGUGGAACAGGUCAUGGGGUUAGAGAAAGCCAGCAAAAAGGCCAAGAGCAACACAGUGGGAGGCCGCAACAAGCUGAAAAAAAUCUUUGAUAAGACACUCACCAGCAUCCUGCCCCCUAAACCGUACAACGACGUUUGUGUAGGCCAAUCACAGGAUGACAGUAUAGUGGGGAUGAAGCCGUCCAAGCAGAUCCCAGCAGCUCUGCCGGUCAGUGGGAACCUGUCGUCGUCGAACCCGGACCUCCUGCAGUCACACCACCGCAUCCUCGACUUCAACAACCAGCCUGUACCGGUCAUCCAGAAUAUGUCAGACCAAGUGCUACGAGUAUUCAAGGCGGACCAGCAGUCUCGGUAUAUCAUGAUUGGGAAGGACACAACCGCUAAAGAGGUGGUGGCCCAGGCUAUCAGGGAGUUUGCUCUGACUGCAACGCCAGAGGCUUAUUCACUAUGUGAAGUGUCUGUCACACCGGAGGGCGUCAUUAAGCAGAGGCGCUUACCAGACCAGCUUUCCAAACUAGCUGACAGGAUUCAGCUAAGUGGCAGAUACUACUUGAAGAGUAAUAUGGAGACGGAGACAUUGUGCUCUGAUGAAGACGCGCAGGACCUCCUACGAGAAGGCCAGAUCGCUCUGCUGCAGCUCAGCACGGUGGAGGUGGCCACCCAGCUCUCCAUGAGAGCCUUUGAACUUUUCUGUGCCAUCGAGCCCACCGAAUACAUCGACGACCUGUUCAAGCUGCGCUCCAAGACAGGCUCGGUCAGCCUCAAGCGCUUCGAGGAGUCCAUCAACCAUGAGACCUUCUGGGUGGCAACCGAGGUGGUACGGGAACCCAACCAGCUCAAGCGCAUGAAGAUCAUAAAGCAUUUCAUCAAGAUUGCUCUACAUUGUCGAGAGUGCAAGAACUUCAACUCCAUGUUUGCCAUCAUAAGUGGCUUGAACUUGGCUCCAGUUUCCAGACUGAGGGGAACAUGGGAAAAAUUGCCAAGCAAAUAUGAGAAAUUGUUUGGGGACUUGCAGGAUCUCUUCGAUCCCUCUAGAAAUAUGGCCAAGUACAGGAAUGUUCUCAACAAUCAGAACCUUCAGCCACCAAUCAUUCCCCUGUUCCCAGUUAUCAAGAAGGACCUCACAUUCCUACACGAAGGCAAUGACUCCAAAGUGGACGGUUUGGUGAACUUUGAGAAGCUUAGGAUGAUUGCCAAAGAAAUCCGUCACGUGGGCCGCAUGGCGUCUGUCAACAUGGACCCUGCUCUUAUGUUCCGGACCAGGAAGAAGAAAUGGAGAAGUUUAGGCUCUUUAAGUCAGGGCAGCGCCAAUGCAGCCGUGCUCGACGUCAGCCAGACAGGUGGCCACAAGAAGCGGGUUCGACGCAGCUCCUUCCUCAACGCCAAAAAGCUCUACGAAGACGCCCAGAUGGCCAGGAAGGUCAAGCAGUAUCUGUCCAACCUAAGUCUGGAAACCAACGAGGAGAGCCUUCAGACAUUUUCACUACAGUGUGAGCCCUCAAUCAGCACAUUACCCAAGAAUGCUGGUGGGAAGCGACCUGACACUUCCCCGGUCGUGCCCAGAGCAGCCAGUCAGCAGCGGGGCCAGUUAGCCAAAGGAAACCAGGUCCUGCAAGUUCCCUCUGUGGCACUCUACCCAUCCCGGAAAAGAGUGCCAGUCAAGGAUCUACCACCGUUUGGCACCAGUUCGCCCCAGUCCCUGAAGAAGAUCCUGUCUCUGUCUGAGGAGGGGAACGAAAGGCACCGGAGGCAGCCAGAGGACACCAUGUCCAACGCUUCCUCCCAGCUCUCCUCUCCGCCCACCUCCCCCCAGAGCUCACCAAAGAAGGGUUACAGCAGGUCAGGCGACGCCUACUCGGACUCUGGCCACAGCGAGAUCUCGUCCCGCUCCAGCCUGGUAAGUAACUCGUCCUUCGACAUGGCGCAGGAGGAGCGGAGACUCCGUCACUCUGGAGGAGCUGGCGAAUCCCACAUGGGUGGGCCUCGGCUGGAGAGAAGAGCCACGACCGACCCUGAUCAGUACAGUCUGGGGUCCUAUUCUUCAAUGCAGGACUGUCGGGGUAUUUACGCCGGCUGCUCCACUGUCCUCUCCUCGCCCAGCUCAGAGGAACUGACUCAGGAUCAGGGAGAUCGUGUGUCUCUGGAUGCUGCAGACAGUGGCCGCGGCUCCUGGACUUCCUGUUCCUCUGGCUCCCAUGACAAUAUUCAGAACAUGCAGCAGGGCCGAAGCUGGGAGCUUGGCAUUGGAGGGCUGUCUUCGGCAUCAGAGGCGUUGUUAGGGGGUCCAGCGGCGCUGUGGGCGGCGCAGGCCAGGGGCAGCUGGGCAUCGGCCAGCUCCUCCUCAUCCUCAGCCGCCUACUGGGGAGAAGAAUCAGAAGGAGACACAGGGACGAUCAAGAGGAGAGGAGGAAAGGACGUAAAUGCAGACGCAGAGACAAGUAGCAUCACAUCCACCGGGUCGGAGGAGGCCAAGCAGCUCGGCCGGCCGUCUCCAUCACCCAUCACAGCUGGGGGUAAAGCCUUUCUUUCUCGAAAAGAGGGCCGAUACCGGGAGCCCCCGCCGACUCCGCCCGGCUACACCGCCCUGACCCUCUCAGACCUCGCCGAGGGUCAGCACCCGCCCCCACCCGUACCCACGACAACGGUAACCCACUCGAGUCGCCGGCCGCCAGACUACACCACGGCUCUACAGCGCUCGCGGAUGGUGACCCAGUCGCCCGACUCCCACCAGGCCCACCAGGCCGCCAAACACCGGGGAGGCAGCCUCCACCGCACCCGCUCCCCCGCAGACGAGCAAGAACCCGACGACGAAGAGGAGGGUGAGUCCUUGUCUCCCAAACUAGUGGCUCUGAGGAAACCGUUGGCCCGACACACGCCUGAGGCCCCCAGACCGUGACGGUGUGAGGGGUCAGCAGGCAGGGCCACCCCCCACAUGGCAGGUAAACAGUUUCUUCUCACUGAGGCUGCAUGUGAACAGAAACAAACACCAGGACCCUCCCCCAGCACCAGCAGAGUCCAUCCCUCUGCUUACUGUAAAGGUCACAACAGGUCAUGGAGCAUGAUUCCUAUCUGUCACCGCUUCCCUCUCAUUCUCUUCUCACACAACUACAGCUUGUGGGCAAUCAUCUGUUUUCACCUUUACGAACUUUAACCAGCCUGCACCUCCAGCAUGCACACCACUCCUUUACAAUAAGUGGACUUUUCUCAUGGUUUAGAAUUGAACUAUUGAUCAUUUGUGUAAAUAUUGAGCUGCUGGAAAGAGAGAAGCUGAAAGUCUCAACAGUACAGUUACUUUAGAAAUGGUGCCUGUAGUACCUGAAUGCUUCCACUUGGUGGCAGUGUUGGAAACAUAUGGAGGAGUAAAACAGUUGUUCUGCUGUUUUCAUCUGCCAAAAACGCAGAAAAGUAGCUUGAUUAAUUUUUAUUAACAAUGUUUAUUCAAGAUAUUUUUGUUCUAUCAGUAUACAAUUACAACAAAAUACAAGAAAACAAAUAGUGACUCUGCAAGUAAAACAUUCAAAAACAGUUUUCCAGCCAACUAAACUCGGUAAAGGAGUUUGGACAGACUUUCUCAUCGCUGUUCUCUGAAUUUGGACGCAACCUUUGUGUAGCUCCCUGAUUAGUUCAAGGAUGAUACAAAUUUGACUUUCCAUCUGGAGUGUUUCAAUUAACUGCAGUCUUCUUAAAUACAUUUGAAUUAUUUAUCUUAGGUAUAGGCACACCCACAAAAAUCAAGUGUUUUUGCAAACUUUGCUAAAUUCAACAAAAGUUUACGUAUAAAUUUAACUCUAGACCAACAAAAUAAAAACAGUUAACAUUCAGUUAGAAAACCGUUUUUAUUAAGAAAAAUGUCUGACUGUUUUUUCAGACCUCCCUUAAUCUGUUCUUUUCUGGUUUGUUUUGAUAAAAGUAUUGCAUAUUGAAUUAAUUGCUGAGGACUAAAUCAGAAAAAAUAAUUAAUAAAAUUAUUUUGAGCAUUUAAUUUAAAAUAUUUUGGCCUCCCAACUGACUUCUUGUUGCCGUGUUUGGCCCGCAAUGCAAAAAGUUUGGACACUGAACAGUGAGGUGAAAGGCCAAAUCAGACAUUUCCAUACGCCCUGCUUGGUUUACGUUGUGUCGUACAUUCAGAAUUAAGUUAGAUUAUUUUCUUAUCAGGUUAAACUAAUUGGUGUAUUUUAGUUUUUCAUUAAUAAGCACAUGCAUGCUGCAGGAAUACGUGACACACGUCAGAAUAUUGAGUCACAUACCAUAUGAAUAUUUUACUCUAUCUGAGUUAAGACCUAAGGGAUGUGCCGCUAACUGUCUCUCUUUGUCUUUCUCUCCACAGAGGACGAGCAGGUGUCUGCAGUCUGAGGGGCAACAGUGGACGUUGAUUUGUAGGAACUUGAAGCCCCCUCUGCCCCCCUGCCCCUUCAGAUGGGCUGGAUUAAAGAGACAGACAUACAGACUCGUCAACUCGCUACAUACGUGCCUGCCUCCUCCAGUCGGUGGAUUCUUCGCUCCUCGUCUCCCUCCCCUGCCUUAAAGCAUCAUGGGGGGUUUGAUGACCCUGCAUGCAAAAAAUACUGUGAAGAAGAGACGGAGAGAAGGUCAAAGACAAUGACAAAAUGCCUGGCACUUUGGACAAAUAAAAUACUUAAAAAAAAACUAUUAAAAAAAACUGAGAGACAGAAAACAGCCACCUGUUGACGCAGCAGAAUCAUGACGUGUCGGGUUUCAUCUGCACUUUCUCGUUUUCUCUUUUGAAAAGGAAAACCUGAACAAUUAAAGAACAUUAUAACAAGACUUUUUAUGAAAGACAGAGAGAAACAGCGAACGAUUUCUUCAUCUUCCCUCUGGAUUUCUUCCCAUUUCUGAUAAUUUUUCUUUAAAUGAUUGCACUCGAGGGGCUGAAAACAGAAACCUGGACUGAAUCAACCCGUCUGUUGUUGGAGUGUUUGAACUUUCAAUCCAGUAUUAUCUCUUGUUCACGUGUGAACGCGUGUCACUUGUUGGUUUAAAUUAAAAAUUGAAGCUAAGAGGCGACUUGGUCUGGAGAACCAUCAUGCAGUAUACUGACAUGCAACACGUUGUACCUACCAGAUACUCUUAAUUCUUGCACUUUGAGCACAAUCGUAAUGUUUGGUUUGAUUUCCAGGGUAUGAGCGAAGCAUUCAUGUCGCAGCUCGUCUCCUCUGUGUUGCAACACAACACAGUUUUGACCUUUGGGAGAUAAUAGAAAAGCACACUCACUCGAAAUCAUGUAUGAUUGUCUCCCUACAAUUAAACUAAAACCAGGAAUUUAUGAUUAAAACGUAAAUAUCUUUCCAUUUUUUUGUCUUGGUAAUGAGAGAUCAUGUGGUGCACAUUUCAGGAGGCAUUAUCAGGUAAAGUUGAAAGAAUAUUUAAAAAUAAACGCAUCCACUGAUUCAGAUAUGGCCGUUUUCCAACCUGAACACGCAUCCUGUGAAAGUCCGAGCGCCUUACAUUGCCAUGGUUGCAGACAUGUCUUUACACGGUCGUUCACAAUGCAAAUCAAACUGUUCUGGGAUGAAAUGCCUUAUUUCUGAUGCUCCUUUUUUUAAAACGAACAACCAGACUAAAAAGUUAGAGUUUUGUCCUGUUUUUUGUUUAUUUUCUGGACGGUUUGUGGCUUCGGCCCGCCGUGUGUUAGCGUGUCGUAGAGGAUGUGUUUCCAUCUCUGCUGUCCUUCUAGAUUCAUCCUCAGAAAUACUUCCUGUCUGUUACAAACAGCCUCUGAAUAUCAAAGUUUCCUCCACAUCUGGCCGUCAGUGGAAGUGACUCAAGAUUUACAUUUGUUAAGUUUUUAUUUUUGACUCCGGUGAAGAAGGCGACAUAUGAAGUAUAAUUAUCAUGAUUUUUCUUUCAAAGCUGCCAAUCGCCACACUUUGAAUAUUGUGAAAAGAAAAUGAACGUUUUGUUUCCUUCUAUCACAGCGUCACACUGAUCACAUUGAUCAGUCCUGGAAGCUACAGACUGAGUAAAACCAUGAACGACUGCAGUGUUUUCCACUGUGUUCUGUGACUACACAUUAAAUGAUUUCUUCUUUUUGUAACGGCUGCAGAUUGAUUGUUAAUAAUUUGUUUGUAACACAGUUGUGCAUCAUUUACUUUCAUUCAACUCUGAAGAUAAUGUGCAUAUUAGCGGGUCGAGUCGUAAUUUGAUAAACAAAAAGUUGCACAAAAAUUGUACAAGCAUAAAGAUAAGUGUAGUAGGUAGAACUGCUACUGCGUUCGGUGUGUGGUGUCAGUGAGGUGUGUACAUUUAGCUGGUGACGAACUUCUUUUCUUCAUUCUUUCUUGUACUACUUUAACCUGUAUGUCUUUUAAAAAGACAAUUGGUGGAGUACGUAUCAGUUGUUUUUGUAUUUUUAAUACAAUAAUUGUAAAUAUUGGUUAUAUUUUUGUUCAAAGGUAAAAUGUUUAUGCCUCAACAUCCAGUUUAUAUGAAGCUGGGAAUCAAUAAAUACUGCAUAAAGACCCA